GCUGCCUACAAGGGUCUGUUCCCUCUGGUUGGUCUUUGUUCCUACUGAAGAACCUGGGUGAUACACACUUGUGCUGGUUGUUCUCUCAAAGUCGACCUGCUCCUGCGGGUUCAAUUGCAACUGGCCUCUACGCAAGCCACGACGUCAAUUCCAAUUAGCCUCGUCUUUGCUGCUAAAAGUCACGAUUCCGCCACAGCCGCAUUUUUCAACUGCACGGAAAAGCUGCUCUUUUCUUUGCACAGCCUCCCGAAGAUGAGGAUUGGGGUAACCUUGCCGUUCUGGAUGGCAACCACAGCUUCAGCCUUGCUGAUGGUGCGUAGUCCACCUGGCCCCUCUACUAUACAGGACGAUGAAAUGAACCAGCACGAUGAAGAUUAUUCUCCCGGUCAACUACCUCAAGCUGCUUCUGCUUCUGCUAGUGCUACCUCCUCCAGUCAAGAACAACAAGAGCAUUCGAAUUCGAUGUUGGAACAGUCAGAUCAUACAACAUCAUCCAGUCAUGAUGGAACAGUCAGAUCAUUUGUACCCAUCUCCAGUCGUAUGUUGGAUCAUACAGAUGCUAGUCCUACCUCCUCCAGUCAAGAACAACAACUACAUUUGAAUUCGAUGUUGGAUCAUACAACAGUAGUUUCCUCCUGUAUCCCAGAGGACGAGUCCUUCUAUUGGGAGCGCCAGGAAACGUCCGGCUCUGGGGGUCCUCCCGAGGCCUUUUCGCAAGUUCUCUCGGUUGAGAGCUUUUCGUCGCUCAUCAUGAAUCAAGGAGAUGUUGAUGCGGUAUUGACGCCCGGAGGUAGUGGAAGUGGAGUUUCAAGUGGUGGUAGAGGAUAUAUAUUAAGGGUAGGUUAAAGGUGCUUUUCUUGCCGCUUUUUAUGCCUCUCCUAAGGGAGAAAGGCAUAACAAGCGGGGUAAGCGAGCACCAAAACAAGCCUACCUCUAAAUACACACGAUGAUGAGG